AUGGAGUCAAAACAUUGCAAUCAACAUUUGCGAUAUGCGAAGAUUGAAAGAGAUGUGAGUUUAUUCUUUUUAUUACAGGAUGAUUUGGCUCUUUUCUCAGAUAUUUCUCGGCCUUUUCAUCCUGUUUUUCGUGACAAAUCUCGUCACCAUAAUCUUCUUCAAACGAGCUUCGCUUCGUCGUCUUUAUGAUCGGGUCGCUCAUCGCUAUACAGGAGGAGAUCAGUCCGAUCCUUUGAUGGACUCCUGA